GUAUCACUGAUGUGCGGACUCCCUCCGUCAUACUUGCAAGCAUCCGACACCAGCAACAUUCGACUUGACCUGGCAGGAGUGGGUCAAUGCGCAUCGCCACUCCAAUCUUUGUGGGUGUUUGCCAACGUUUUGUACCAAUUGCAGGACAAAGGACUGGUUCAACAGGUGGAACAUCCCAGGCAUUCCCUAGCACAGUUUUGUCGAAUUCUGCUGAAGGAAAGGGAUGAAAUUUGGCCACAUGCUGACACGAAAUACAACCGGAUUUUCCAACAUGAAAUUAACAGCAUUGAUCAUCCUUUUUGCUUUCCAAGUGUUGAGGAGUUGGAUAACAUGGAAUUCAGGCCGAAAGGUGCAGGUGAAGCAAAGUUGGGCGCCCGAGCGUGUACAAAGAUUCCCCGUGCCGGUUGUACAGCAAACACCGAACAGGAUCCAAAACCCCACAACCUGAUUGGAACCUACGAGACAUCCAUUCAUGGAGCAUCUGCACCAGACAGCGGGCCGUGUACAAAGUUCCCAAGGGAUGCAUCCGAAUACCCUAGGAAUGCUGGAAUCCCAGAAGACAGACUUGCAGCCGAAGGGACGACAAACACAGAUCGAAUCUCUCCGACCGUAGUGGCGCCCAUACCCGAUGCAUCCGACCAUGCCAUCAUCUCCAAAUGCACAGGACAUCCGAAUCCCGACCGCAUCCGAUGUACAGAAGCAUCCAGGGUUGCAUCCGAUCGGUGUACAGAUCACAUCAUCUCCAAAGACGCCGGACAUCCGAAUCCCGACCGCAUCCGAUGUACAGAAGCAUCCAGGGUUACAUCCGAUCGGUGUACAGACCACAUCAUCUCCAAAGACACAGGACAUCUGAAUCCUGACAGCAUCCGAUGUACAGAAGCAUUCAGUGUCGCAUCCGAGCGGUGUACAGAUCACAUCAUCUCCGAAGGCACAGGACAUCCAAAUCUCGACUGCAUCCGAUGUCCAGAAUCAUCCAGGGUUGCAUCCGAGCGGUGUACAGAUCAGAUCAUCUCCGAAGGCACAAGACAUCCGAAUCCCGACAAAAUCCGAUGUACAGAAGCAUCCAGGGUUGCAUCCGAUCGGUGUACAGAUCACAUCAUCUCCAAAGACACCGGACAUCCGAAUCCCGACCGCAUCCGAUAUGAAGAAGCAUCCAGGGUUACAUCCGAUCGGUGUACAGACCACAUCAUCUCCAAAGACACCGGACAUCCGAAUCCCGACCGCAUCCGAUGUACAGAAGCAUCCAGGGUUGCAUCCGAUCGGUGUACAGAUCACAUCAUCUCCAAAGACGCCGGACAUCCGAAUCCCGACAGCAUCCGAUGUACAGAAGCAUCCAGGGUCGCAUCCGAUCGGUGUACAGAUCACAUCAUCUCCGAAGGCACAGGACAUCCGAAUCCCGACAAAAUCCGAGGUACAGAAGCAUCCAGGGUUGCAUCCGAUCGGUGUACAGAUCAACAGAUGACAUCCGUUGCAUCCGGCCUGCAAAAUGCAUCCGUUCGCCGAGAAACCAAGCAUGCAUCAGAUGCCUUUGCUGACCUAGGUGUUGAUUCACGUGAAGCCCAACAUGGCAAUGUCAGAAGUGACAUGGAUGAAAGGCAGCCUCUUUCUGGUCCAUCAGUUUCCACAACAAAAGCCAAGAUGAAUGACAGGAUUGCCAAAGGCAAAGGUGGAUACAUACUAGCGAGCAUUGCCCCUCAUGACCAAUCCUUGCCGACAAGCAUCAACCCGGUGAAAGAAGCCUCGCAAGCAAUGCAAAUUACAGCCUUUUCCACCAAUGGAGGGGUUACAGGCUUUGAAACCAGCAAAGCACCUGAUUCACCGCCAUCACUCAAGCAAGAAACAGAAAACCCAAGAAUCUUGGCAGAUUGGAUCCUCACGGCCGUUGAGAGCGCGCAGGAGUCCAAACAAAUGAAACUCAUGACUGCGGGUUUGUUCAAAGAUCACUGGUUUCCAAUCAUGGUUGAAGUAGUCAAUGACAAUUUCACCAUCACAACAACAUAUGAUAUGACGCCGGCAGUAACAGCAUGGAUCAAGGCUGAGAUGCUGGAAGAAUAUCAGCAGGCAAGUGGAACACACAUGCCCCAUGCGUUUGCCAAUGAUUGUGGAUUUCAGACCAUUGCAUGGAUCAUCAACCAAGCAUUGGAUCCGGACAGCAACCGUGCAAUCUCUCCCGAUGAAGCUGAGUCAUGGAGAAAGAAUUUUGCUCACCAUCUGGUCUUGUCAGGAGCACAUGAUCCACCAGUAUAUGCUUUGCCGCUUGGAGGAACAUCUGACCAGCACUUGCCAGCACUACGAGAACUCCUCGAAAAGCACGGAGUGAAUAGCAACAGGUCAUCACAAGCUGCACAAGCUUUGACGCAAAAGCUGGGAGCCGAUGUGAUCCAACGCACAUUACAAUCACCAAAGCCAUGGCAGGACUUGAAAGCAAGAGCAUCACAGUUGAAGCCUCCUUUUCGAAUUGUCUUGAGUGAAGACCUUCAAGCCAGUAUCGACAGCAAAAUCGCAUCGGGACAAGCCGUUGGCAGAAAGCAACACAAAGCAAAACAAUCCAAGCCGCAGGAACCCCAGCGCCUCAUUGCCGAUCAGGUCCAGAUCCCCAACACGAUCUUCCAGCAAGCCGAUGGAGUCCUUUUGCAACAGAUUUCCCCUAGCCAAUUCAAAGCCCAAUGCAAAGGGAUCGCGUGUGUAUCCUUUGAUGAUGCUACACCCUUCCUGCAGUUGAAAGCGCCACUCACACAGGAAGGCCAGAAACGAGUUCACAGAGCAACACCACAAUCCGCAACCAAGAUUGAGGAAGUGGAAACACGUGUCAUCCGUGCACUGGUGUUUCAGGAUCAGACCAAACUCAAAUGGACCGAUAUCACGGACAAGCCGGUGCGAACUUUGUUUGCUGAAAGUGAGUUCACCGCAAAUCCCGAUUCCAUCGUUGACGUUUGGGACCGCCAGUAUGUGACAAAACAGUACAAACGAUGCAAACCAGAGGAAGCAGAGAUCUUCAUUGUCACUUUCCGUGUCAAGUGUCCUGCCCAUGAAGUCAUCCUAGACGCCAGCGGUCAAGCAGGGAAGUACUUUGAACCGCGUGAUCAUACGGGUAGGUCCCCAGACACAUCCUACAAAGUAAUCUGGAUGCCACGCAAAAAUUUCCAGGAUGUCAUGCUUGCCAAACAAACCAGUUUGCACCCAACUUGGUUAGUUCGCAGCGGGGAUCGUUUUGGACUGAGAACCCAUUGUGAAUUUGCAAAGGAUAUCCAUGAACAACACCGCCCAGACGUGGAUUACAUGGCAGGAGAACAGAUGACCACAUACCGUGUUGGACCACUGCCUUUUGGUACCACCAAGAGCUCUCUACAGAAGCUCUACAAGGAGUGGGGGUGGACAGCACGCCCCGGCCAACCUCUGGGACAAAGUAUUGGGCAGGAAGGUGUCUUCUGGUCAACCCAAUCCAGUGAAAACCCUUCCCACUGGGUAUACUCCCUGGAACAAGGAGAUAUUUUGAUCUCACCGAUCAAACCGCACAAAACUCAGGCCAACAAAGUUCCCAGCCAAGGUUUGGUAGCGUCCAGACGGACCAUCCAAUCAAUGACACAGGUACCAGAAACAGACAAGAGCAACCCUGCCACAGAUCCAUGGCUGCAAGCCGACCCGUGGAGUCAAGGAAGUGGUUUUCCUCAUGCCUUGACACCUGCCCAAUCUGCCGCCAUCGAAGCAUCCGUUGCCAAACAUGUCACCGCAAACAUGAAGCCCCACAAAACCGCGGAUGUGGAUAUGGAAGGGGUGAAUGAUCAGAGGGUUGAUGAGUUGGAAACGAAAGUCCAAACACUGCAGCAUAAUGUGAACCAACUGACAUCCAACCUGAAUGCCUUCCAAUCCCAACAACAACAGCACAAUGGACAGAUGAGCUCCCAGAUUGUUGCGGUGAAGAACCAAGUGGAUGCACAGCAGUCCAGCCUUCAAAAAAUGCUGGAGUCAAAGAUGGAUGAUCAGAUGAGCAGGAUUGGUGAAGCUUUGAACCCCGGCCCUGUUCAACCAGAGCUUAUCCUAGGAGGGGUCUUCUAUGGAUACGCACAACAAGCCGCCACACAGGAAGGUAGAUCCCUCACAACGCAGACGAAGGUCAUUCAAGACCACACCAGAUCCCUCACAACGCAGACGAAGGUCAUUCAAGACCACACCAGGAGACCUGGAGGAGCUCUUCCGGAGAUUCGUGAUGAGUGGCGGAAACGUUGGGACCGACAUGUGGAGAUGCCAGUUGACUAUUGGGAUCCAGUUGUAGCACACUUCACUAAGAACACACCACGAGGAAAUGCCUCAACGGCACCUUUUUCACUGCUGACCAUCAAAAAUAUCGGGAUGCAGAUGAAAGUACAGAUUGCCCUUUUUGCCAUAACGCAGACAGCCAAUUUCACAGACAUUGGGAAUGCCCAAGCCUGGAAGAUGCCAGAAAAUCUAUGCCUGAACACCACCGCCAACUGGCCAUGCAGUCGCACCCUGCCAACCUCUGACGUCUUGCAGUUCUGGUGCCCUUGUGUGACGGUCAUGGUAAGUCCAGAACGAACAGCCGCAAUUGACCAACAACUCGCGAGCUGCCGUGCACGAUACGUGGAGUGGAAGGAUCUCGAUUUCUUCGGCAUGUAG